AUGGACAGCGCCGAGGACAGGCUGGUCACCGAGCCCCUCAGCCACCCCGACUUCUUCAACGUGAAGGAGCUCUUCUCCCUGAAGGAUCUCUUCGAUGCCCGGGUGCACCUGGGGCACAAGAAGGGCUGCCGGCAUAGGUUCAUGGAGCCCUACAUCUUCGGCUGCCGCCUGGGCCAGGACAUCAUCGACCUGGAGCAGACCGUGCGGCACCUGCGGCUGGCGCUCAACGUCACGGCGCACGUCGCCUAACGCAAGGGCAUCAUCCUCUUCGUGAGCCGCAACCGGCAGUUCUGCCACCUGGUCGAGAGCACGGCGCGGGCGUGCGGGGAGUACGCGCACGCGCGCUACUGGCAGGGCGGCCUCCUCACCAACGCCCACGUGCAGUUAGGGCCCGGCGUGCGCCUGCCCGACCUCCUCGUCUUCCUCAGCAGCCUCAACAACGUCUUCGAGCCGCACGUGGCCGUCCGCGACGCGGCCAAGAUGAACAUCCCCACCGUGGGGGUGGUGGACACGAACUGCAACCCCUGCCUCAUCAGCUACCCUGUGCCCGGCAACGACGACAGCCCCGCGGCCAUGGAGCUCUACUGCAAGCUCUUCAGGAUGGCCAUCGUGCGCGCCAAGGACAAGAGGCGGCAGCGCGAGGUCUUCGACGAGCUGCAGAGCAGAGCGGAGGGCGCCUAG